AAGGCAUUAUACCAGAAAUCUCGAUCAAACGAGAACUGUUAUACGUGCUCAAGUCUCAUAUAUUGUAGAUAAAGCAGAACACAAGCCACACGAUGAUGAAACUGACAGUUAUUUUUUUGGCUACAAUUGUAUUAUUGUCGACAGUAGUAAAAGGAGAUGAUUUGGAUGCAGUACCGAAAGAAAAUGUAGGGUUGGAAAAUUGCAACUGCAUUGCAACUUUUGAAUAUUUGCCGCUUUGUGCGAGCAAUGGAGUCACAUAUUCGAAUCCCUCCAUGUUGCAAUGUGCAAAAAGAUGUUUACGAAUUAAUGAUUUAACUAAAGUACGCGAUGGACGCUGUUAAAUAUGGUCAUUAGGUGUUUGGGAAUGCAGCGGUACACAUAUGCGAGCAAAUUUGUAUACAACUAAUUAAAAAUGAAAUUUAAUAAAGGACACUACUUUUAGUUAA